UCAUAAGGACGCGUCGCGCUUGUCUGCUGUGCCGUUUGAAUGAGAGCCAAAGCGUUUGUUUUCGGUUUUCACGAGUGAGAUAAAGUUAAUUAUUAUUGAAUGUAAUGUUGUAUUUUUGUCCCCUGGAAGCAUGACACUUCAUCUCACUCGAAACGGAUGAGGAGAAACGUUCCUGCUGAAGCGACUGAUCUCGAUGUGACACACUAUUAUUAUAAAGAUGGCGUUUAUUAAAGAGGAGAGUGAAGACCUGAAGAUUGAAGAAACAUUCACAGUGAAACAUGAAAAUCCGCAGGAACAAACAGAGCUGGUGAUGCUGAAAGAGGAGAAUGAAAUACAGAAUGAAACGGAAGAAAAACCUUUCUUCUCGUCUGAAGAAGAGUCCACAAAACCUGAGCAGACAUCAUCGGAAAACCGAAGUCAGGAGACCGAGUCGGACAGCUUCUUCAUUUGCAGUCACUGCGGACAGACUUUCAAUUCAAAGCGGAGCCUUGAAGUCCACACGAAAGUUCACACCGAGGAGAAGCCUUACAGCUGCCAGCAGUGCGGGAAGAGAUUCGUUCAAGAGCGAAGCCUGAAGCCCCACAUGAAAGUGCACAACGGAGAAAAGCCUUACACCUGCAGAGAGUGUGGGAAGAGUUUUGCCCAGAUUCAAAACCUUCAGACCCACAUGAGGAUUCACACCGGAGAGAAGCCCUUCAGCUGCCAGCAAUGUGGAAAGAGCUUCACUCAGAUCCAGAACCUCAACGUCCACAUGAGAGUUCACACCGGAAACAUGCCUUACACCUGCGCGCAGUGCGGCCAGUGCUUCACGCACAAGGGAAACCUCAACGCGCACGUGAGGAUUCACACCGGAGAGAAGCCCUUCACCUGUCCGCAGUGUGGAAAGAGCUUCACUCAAAAGCGAAACCUCACGGUCCACAUGAGGACUCACACUGGGGAGAAGCCGUUCACGUGCUCUCAGUGUGGACAGAGCUUCACACACAAAGCGAGUCUCGUUACACACAUGAGGAAUCACUCUGACGAGAAGCCUCUCGCCGGUCUGCAGAGAGACAUUAAGCCAUUUGAAGACUCUGACCAAGAAGAAAAAAAUCUGUCUGAGGGAUUAUCAACGGAACAGAUAUAGAUAUAGAUGUGUGCGCGUGCGCAUUUGUGAGACUCUUAUCUCACGAUUUAAAAAAAAUAUAUCGCCAUUAAUCUAUUCUCAAAGUUGGGCUGGGCGCUGUGUCUGUUCUACGCAGAUUAUGAUGACUUUCACCUUAAAGGGUCACGAAACACCAAAACACAUGUUUUGAGCUGUUGACAGUCGUAUUUGUGUCCCACACUGCUAAAAACAUUAUUAGGACA